UGUCGCCAUGUUGGUGCCCAAACAAAUAGUUACAAAUGCGCUUAAUAGUAAGGUGAACGUGAGAUAGUAGAAAUGGUUCUUUGUGUAGUUUUCGGCUGUGGCAGUAGAAGCGAUCGGGAGAAAGGGAUUGGAUUUUAUCGAAUACCAUCAGUUAUCAAAAAUAAGUCUACCUUCGAAGAAGAAUUGACAACAGAGAGGAGAGAAAAGUGGAUACAAGCGAUAAGUCGGGGCGACACAAAAGCAAAAGACGUUCUCAAAAGCGAACGAGUAUGCGGCAAGCAUUUUGUCUCUGGAAAGCCAUCUCCUUACUGGGACAAGCACAAUGUAGAUUGGGUGCCAACUUUAGAGCUCGGAAAGAAAAGUUAUGGCCGUGAGAUAGACUAUGAAGCGAGAGCAAAGAGGCAAGAAAGAGCGAAGAAAAGAGAGAAACACGCCAUCGAGCAACAAGAACACGAAGCGGCAGAGAAGCGUCAGAAACUCAUCGAAAGCAGUCUUCCUGUGGCCCAGAUCGACUUUAAUCAGCCAAGCACCUCCACAGAAGAAGAAAAAACUGGAAACGAAGAUGCCUUUUCCGGUGACCUUACGGCAUGUGAUGAAGGCAGUGAGUCUGAUGAAAUCAGAACGCAAAUUAUGAGAGAUGCCGAGUGCCAAGCAGACACAGAGCUAAAGGAUUCGGAAUGCCAAACCACCGAAUUAGAAUACAUGUUUCAAAAAAGCACGUAUCGGGCACCGGAUAAAGAGUUCUUUGACUCUGACGAGAAGGUUCGCUUCUAUACCGGUCUACCUUCCUUGGAAGUGCUAAUGGUUGUGUUUGACAAUGUAGCUUCACAUGUAAAAAGGCAAACUCAGUCACUCGAUAGGUUCCAAGAGUUUAUUAUUGUACUCAUGAAACUUAGGCUUAAUGUACCGUUACAGGACCUUGCCUACCGUUUUGUUGUAUCGAUUUCAACUAUUUCAAGAAUAUUUUUCCAUUGGAUUGUGGUAAUGGACAAGAGACUGUUUCCCUUUGUUUACUGGCCAGACAGGCAUCAACUUUGGAAGACAAUGCCCCAGUGUUUCCAGUAUGCCUUUGGCAGGAAAACAACUGUUGUUAUCGACUGUUUUGAGGUGUUUAUUGAAAGACCAUCAAACUUGCUUGCCAGAGCACAGACAUUUUCCAGUUAUAAACACCACAACACUAUCAAGAUUCUUGUUGGUAUAACCCCCCAAGGAACGAUUUCUUUUGUUUCAGAAGCCUGGGGAGGUCGUGUCUCUGAUAAAUUUGUAACCGAGAACUGUGGUUUUCUGGACAAGCUUCUUCCGGGAGAUAUGGUGAUGGCUGACCGAGGAUUUACCGUUAGUGAAAGCAUUGGUCUCAAGCAAGCAAGAUUGGUAAUCCCAGCUUUUACAAAGGGAAAAUCUCAGCUGGACCCAGUGGAUGUGGAGCAGACUAGAGGAAUUGCAAAUGUAAGGAUCCAUGUUGAACGUGUGAUUGGAUUGCUCAGACGAAAAUUUACGAUUCUAGAAGGUACCCUGCCAACUGACUAUCUUAUAUCUAAUCAUGAAAACUCUGAUCGCUACACUCCACUGGUGGAUCACAUGAUAAGAGUUUGUGCAGCUCUUGUUAACUUCUGUCCUCCUAUUGUACCUUUCGAUUAGGCAAACCUCCCAUUUCAAAUAGUUAUGUUGUGUACGAUUGAAGAUAAAUUUAGAAACAAAGACACAUGGAACUCUCCAGAAAUGUGGAUAUUCCAAUAAAUAUUUUUAAUGUACUUUACCAUUUGUUUAAUUUGUAAACCUUGGAUGUUACAGUGCAAUUCAAAAAAUGGUGAACAACUGAAAUAUGCCUGAAUUGUUACUGUGAACAUUGUUUAUUACUUUUUCAUCAAACUGUGUUCUAUCCAGAAUACCCCAAUCAGGUUUGUGCCACUUGACUAAUACCCACGACUUAUUUUGGUGUUCACAUUUUUUUCUUAGUUGUACUGUAAAUAGUGAAAUAAUAUUGUAUCUGAUGAUCGAGGAAUUCUCCAUGAGGGUGUCAACAAUAUACUUCAAACCCUUGAUCAUUCUUUUAAAAAAAAUUUAAAGCCUUGGAAAGAGAAACCAAACCCUUGUUUAUGUCCCCUUUUAAUUAGAUAUUGCUUGUUGAUUCCUUCCUUUGAAACUGGAGGGUUGUUUGACAUUGUCUUUAUGUGGGUGUGCCAUUGUCGAAAUGAGAGGAAAAGAAAUGAAACAUUGAUUUGACUUAAUGUUGGCAUGCAGAUUGGAUGAAGAAUGCAUCCAGCCCUGUAAUCUUUAAUUUAUAAUUAUGUUAAAACAAGAGAUAUUUUAGCAUUCAAUUACCAUUGGCUGUUGUGUGUCUUAGUAGGGAAAGCAAAGAAUACCAUGAAAAUUACAACUGAGGUACAAACAACUUUGACUGGCAAGUGUGAUUAAAAAAAUUGCCCUGCAAAACUUAGUUUUCUUUUAUGAACAAAGUAAAUGAUCUUCUGAUGCAUGUAAUGUACAUAGAUUG